CCAGCAAUAAAUAUUUGGCGCGUUUUGUUGUUUAUUCGCAGCAUCUUGUGAAAUUAACUUUUUAUUCCAUUCCUAAAUAACAAACAGCUUGCAAAAUGAAUGAUUCAUUUGGAGAUUUCAAUGCCACACAAACGGCGCCGGCUGGGGCCGCCAGCAACCAAAAAGGAGAGGGUAUUGUGCCGCUAUUGAUUAAGCAGAUUGUAGGCCCCGAGGGCAAUAUCGAAAUGUUCGGCAUGCACUACGCCAUGGCCUUUGUGGUCGCCAUUGUGCGUAAUGUGGAGACUUCGUCGACAAAGAUUACAUACACCCUGGAGGAUCACAGCGGCCGGAUCGAUGCCCACUACUGGCUGGAGGAAGGCGACGCCAUCAAUGCACCCGAGGUGAUGGUCAAUAACUAUGUAAAGGUGUACGGCACCACAAGGUCACAGGCGGGCCAGAAAACGCUAAUGGUGUUCAAAUUGCUCCCCGUGCUGGAUCCCAACGAGGUAACCACUCACCUGCUGGAGACUCUGAAUGCCCGUUACAAGGCGGAGGAUUACCAGAGCAAGGGUGGCGCUGCUGGAGCAGCUUCCUCGGGCUCUGGCUCCAUGGCCGACUUCACCGCAUCGCAAAGCAAUGCCAUUGUCAGUGGGCUGGAUCCCAAGCAACAGGCCGUCUUCCAGGCCAUCAAGAGCAACGUGUCCGAGGAAGGAAUCGGUCGCAAGGAGCUCAAGGCCAAGUUUUCGCACAUCAGUGAUUCCGAGUUAACAAACAUUCUGGAUUUCAUGAUUUCCGAGGGACACAUUUACUCCAGCAUUGAUGCAGACCACUUUAUUUGCACCAUGUAAAUCGAAUAUUACACCCAAAACAAAUGUAAUUCUUAAAUGCGUAUUAAAUUUAUUAGAUUUAUAAACAAGUAC